AUUCCUGCCGUCAUUGACCCAGCCGAAUUUCUGUAGCGAGAAACUUUUGGGAAAGCCCGGGAUAGUUUAUGUAUUCAACUCAUUUUCUUAUUUUUUUUUAAUUAAUUUUUAUUGAGCGAUGGCCUCGACCGAUGUAACCCGACAACUGGAUAAAAAUGUUCGUCCACUUUCCAUGUCGGGUCAUGUUGGUUUCGACAGCUUGCCAGAUCAGCUGGUAAGCAGAUCAACCGGUCAAGGAUUCUGUUUCAACAUUCUCUGCAUUGGAGAGACUGGAAUUGGCAAGUCCACUUUAAUGGAUACUUUGUUCAACACAAACUUUGAGAACUCUGAGUCAACACAUUUCGAACCCAAAGUUAAACUGAGAGCACAGACCUAUCAGCUUCAGGAGAGCAAUGUCCAAUUAAAACUAACUGUUGUCAAUACUGUAGGAUUUGGGGACCAGAUGAACAAAGAAGACAGCUAUCAGCACGUGGUUAAUUACAUCGAUACACAGUUUGAAUCGUAUCUGCAGGAGGAGCUGAAGAUUAAACGCUGUCUACACAAUUACCACGACACUCGUAUUCAUGCUUGUCUGUAUUUCAUCGCACCUACUGGUCAUUCUUUAAAAUCUUUGGAUUUAGUGACCAUGAAGAAACUUGAUUCCAAGGUCAACAUCAUUCCUGUCAUUGCCAAGGCAGAUACAAUCUCCAAGGGCGAGCUUCAUAAAUUCAAGAUAAAGAUCAUGAGUGAACUUGUCAGUAAUGGAGUCCAGAUUUAUCAGUUUCCCAUAGAUGAUGAGAGCGUGGCAAAAAUCAAUACUACCAUGAACAGCCACCUUCCGUUUGCUGUGGUUGGGAGCACAGAGGAAGUGAAGAUUGGAAAUAAAAUGGUGAAAGCUCGACAGUACCCAUGGGGUGUUGUGCAAGUGGAAAAUGAGAGCCACUGUGACUUUGUCAAACUUCGAGAAAUGCUGAUCUGUGUGAAUAUGGAAGACCUGAGGGAGCAGACCCACACACGGCACUAUGAGCUUUAUCGGCGCUGCAAGCUGGAGGAAAUGGGCUUUACAGACACAGAUGCUGAAAACAAGCCAGUCAGCCUGCAAGAGACAUAUGAAACAAAGCGCCAAGAAUUCCUUUUUGAACUGCAGAAGAGGGAGGAGGAGAUGAGACAGAUGUUUGUGCAGCGAGUCAAGGAGAAGGAGACCGAGCUCAAGGAUGCAGAGAGAGAGCUUCAAGGGAAGUUUGAGCACCUGAAAAGAUUGCACCAAGAGGAAAGGAUGAAACUAGAUGAGAAAAAAACAAUGCUUGAGGAUGAAAUGUCUGGUUUUAGUAAAAGAAAAAUUGCAGCUGAACUCCUUCAGGCGCAGGCAUUCACAGGCAGUAUGAAUAUUAAAAAGGACAAAGAUCGCAAAAAUUCUGGAUUCAUGUGAAGAACCCUCUGAAAAGACCUAGCAACCAACUGUUCUAUGUAGACUAAUAAAUAUAUUAUCUCUAUUGCUCUCUGCAUCUUUAGUAGUCACGUGACUUGUAGCAUAACACUUAGUCACUUGUGCAGGUACUCCAUUUGACACAAUGUCUAUGUAUUCAGUUAUUUGUUGAAACCACAACUGAGUUGUUUAAUAAUGAUAAACAUUGUGCCGUAUAAAACACAGCCUUGAUAUUCGGGGAGCGGUCUUUUAGAUCAAUGGUGCCAAACUCACAGGGGUCAGACAUUAGUCACUGCUAGCUCUAAUCUCUUUCCUGAGGGUUGAUGGUAAAUUUUCUGAUUUUGGCUUGAAACUGCCCUGGGGACCUCAGAUGGCCCCCAACCCUGUUCUGGAUGAUUUUAUAUUACACUUUGAUCACAUAAUAUGGAAGAGAUUUGCCCAAAGAAAAAAAAAAAGAAAAAAAAGAACUAUGCAAAAUAAGCUUUGAAUCACCAAAAAUAGCAUUCAUCAGAAAUUGCCUUACAACUGGUAGUGUGCCUUGUGUUUCUUUCCUAUAAAAUUAGGAAACAUACCAGUAUUUAAAAAUAUAUAUAAAGCUAAAAGGGAGAAAUGUCUUGCCAGUGGACUCUGUUUACAUUCAACUUGUUACAUUCUGAUUCAGUAUGUCUGUUUCUUGGUUAAAUAAUUGACCAAGAUCAGUAGCCACUGGCUUUUCUUUUUUUCUUUUCUAGAGGACCACUUUCGUAACUAAUUCAUGAAGUUAAAAUAUCAUAUGUACAACACUUUUCUAAGAUAUUAAAUAUAAAAGCAUAGUCACAUUAACCGAGGGACACAAUAGGCAUUGAGUACCUUUAACACAAAUACUUUUUUUGUUUUUCGUUUGUUGUUUUUUGUCAAUAAUUCACCAUUUGUCAUUUACUUUGCAUAUGUGUUUGUGAACUGUAAAUAUAUGUCCGUGAUCUACAUGUCAGGUUCCUGCCCAUUUGUGUUUAAAUAAAAGCUCCUCGGCUGUU